AUGGUCAUCUCCAACGGCGGUGACCCCGGCUCUCUCACUAUCAGCUCAGUAAAAAGAAAAUUCGACGAGCUGAUCAGCGUCAAUUCGGAUCUCGCCCCUACUCUGCGGAAGUUCAAAGGAAAAUCAGAUCCGAUCACUUUCUACUUGGAAGAGUUGCCCGACGGAGCUCCGAACGCCACAAUUCCCUUGCUCGUCCGAGCCAGAAUGACAAAUUUUGACGUUCGUCGAGUCCUGGUCGACGAAGGCAGCUCGGUCGACAUCAUGUAUUCUCAUCUUUUCCGGACGCUCCAGCUGGACGACUCGCACCUCACUCCUUAUGUGGGUUCUGAUCUCCAAGGCUUCAACGGGGCUACCACCAAACCAUGGGGUUACGUCGAACUGAUCGUCACUUUCGGGGAAGAGGAAGCAUCCAGGCAGGUCAAGACGAGAUUCUUGGUGAUCGACUGCAAGACUCUCUACAACUGCAUCUUCGGACGCCCUACUCUGGCCGAGCUCACUGCCGUCCCUUCCACUGUGCACCUCAAGAUGAAAUUCUACACAAAGCGGGGAGGAGUGGCCACUAUCAACGCAGACAUCAGAGCCGCCAGAAGGAUCUUCGAUGCCUCCGUAAAGGGGUUGCAGCUGAUCGCCCCUCCAUCAGACCCAAACAAGAAGCUGAGGGCUGAAGACAAUCAUCCUCGGGAAGAUCAACAUCCGCCAAACGUCAGCUCAAUCGACCUGGAUGCUCGGUUCACCGAUGAAGAGCUGAAGAAUGCCAAAGAGAGGAGGCCAAAGUACGAGGGUAGGAAGGCACUGAAAGCCCAAGCGCUCGCCGUUUUCGUGGCCGAGAUGACCUCGAUUUCCAAUUGCCCGACUCCCACCGAAAAUAAGUGGACCAUCUAUGUAGAUGGCGCUUCGAGCAACUCGGGAAGUGGAGCCGGCAUCAUCCUAGAAAACGACGAGGGGCUCAUCAUCGAAGUAUCCCUGGUCUUAUCUUUUACCACGUCGAACAACCAGGCCGAAUACGAGGCUCUCCUAGCGGGCCUGCGUCUCGCUGAAGACGUAGGGGCUCGAGAGGUCAUGAUUUAUACUGACUCCCAGCUCGUCGCCUCCCAAGUCAGCGACGAUUACCAAUCCAAAAACGACACACUAGCCGAGUAUCUCACUCUCGUCAAAGAGAAAAUGAAAAGAUUCUCAAAGGCAGAUGUCGCGCACAUUCCCCGGGAACAUAACUCACGCGCUGACAUAUUAUCCAAACUUGCGAGCACGAGAAAGAAAGGUGGAAACAAGUCGGUAAUCCAAGAAAUCUUGCCCAGACCGAGCAUAAGCAAAAAUGCGCAAGCUCUACAAGUAUUCGCUAUCGGGGACGACCAUUGCUGGAUGACCCCGGUAUAUAACUUCCUCACCAAAGAAGAGCUUCCCGCUGACGCGAAGGAAGCUUCAGCUAUUAAGAGACGAGCCCGUUCGUACACUAUCAUCGAGGACAAACUAUACCGACGAGGCUUCUCCAUCCCUCUCCAUAAAUGUGUUGACGCCUCGCAAGCAUUUGAGAUACUCCAAGAGCUCCACGAGGGGAUCAACGGCCAACAUCUCGGCGGCCGGUCACUAGCGAGGAAAGCUCUCAGAGCCGGUUACUAUUGGCCGACCAUGCAGCAAGACGCCAAAGAACAUGUCCGGAAAUGCGACAAGUGUCAGCGUCAUGCCGACAUGCACUUGGCUCCCCCAAACGAACUUAAAUCUCUCUCCUCGCCCUGGCCCUUCUCCACCUGGGGAAUGGACCUCCUCGGACCUUUCCCGACUUCAACCAAAACAAUCUAA